GUUUUAAAUUUACAAAAUUACAUCCAAAGGACAUUAAUAUAUAAAUAUAUUAUAUAGGGAAAGCAUAUGUAUUAUAAAGCAUAUAUAUUUCCUUAUAAAUGGAUCAGAUCUAAUCGUAUUGGAAGGUCUUCAGAAUAAUAUUUAAUACUACUUGUAACUUAAGUGAUAAAAAUAAUCAAUAGAAAUAAGAAUGUCGUUUAUUAAUAACUUGAAAAAAGUAUUCCAUUUGGGAGGAGAAGCUAAAAAGAAACGUCAUGGCAAUAACAUAAAAAUGGACACUGAUCCCGCUGAGAUUUGGGAAAUUGUUGGUGAACUUGGAGACGGAGCAUUUGGAAAGGUUUAUAAAGCUCAAAACAAAGAGACUUCACAGUUUGCCGCAGCUAAAAUGUGUAUUUUGGAGGCUGUUGCAGAUCUAAGCGAUCAUAUGGUAGAAAUAGAUAUACUGUCAGAAAUAAAACAUCCUAAUAUAGUUGAACUUUAUGAAGCUUUUUACAUAGAUCUGAAAUUAUGGAUGCUUAUUGAAUACUGUGAUGGUGGAGCUCUCGAUAGCAUUAUGGUUGAGUUAGAAAAACCACUUAAUGAACCACAGAUUGCUUAUGUUUGCAAACAUAUGACAGAAGGAUUGGAUUUUUUACAUAAAAAUAAAGUUAUCCAUCGUGAUUUAAAGGCAGGCAAUGUUUUAUUGACCAUGGAAGGAGGAGUAAAACUAGCUGAUUUUGGUGUAUCAGCAAAAAAUAAACAUACCCUUCAAAAGCAUGAUACUUUCAUUGGAACACCUUAUUGGAUGGCACCCGAGUUAGUUUUAUGUGAAACGUUCAGAGACAAUCCUUACGAUCAAAAAGUUGACAUAUGGUCACUUGGAAUUACAUUAAUUGAAUUAGCUCAAAUGGAACCACCUAAUAGCGAAAUGUCACCAAUGAGAGUUUUACUUAAAAUUCAGAAAAGUGAUCCACCAAAGCUAGAUCAACCAUCCAGAUGGAGCAAAGAGUUUAAUGAUUUUUUAAAGAAUUCUCUUGUCAAGGAUCCACAACUAAGACCAUCUACUGAAGCGUUGCUACAACAUGCUUUUAUUAAUCGUGAAAUAGAUGCUAAACCAUUAAAAGACCUAUUACUGGAGUAUAGAGCUGAAGUGGUAGAAGAAGUUGUUGAUGAUGAAGCAGAGAAGCUUAAACGUCAAGUUAAAAGACGAUCACUUUAUCAGAGGGAACCCCGCAACUCAGCACUUCCACUAGAAUUGUACGAUGACUCUUCGUCGUUACAAAGUCAAGAUAUUGAAAAAUUACCAGGCACUCCUACCUCUUUAUCGAGAGACAUUAAAGAGCAGUCUCAACUUAACAAUUUACAAAAUAUUCAACAUCCAGUUAACGAUAUUUUGGCUGAACAAACUUCAACAACUAUAAAGACAAAUACAAAACUAAUAAUAAACGAGGAAGAGGUGGAAUUGGAAAAGAGUGUUAAUUCAUCUCCUUUGGUACUAAAGAAACCAAACCGUCCUCCACAACUACAAAAGAUUCCAGAAGAUUUAGGCAUUGCCGAACAGGAAGUACCUUCUAUUCCCAUGCCAAUGGAUGGAGACAAAAAGAUGCCUAAAAGAGAAAAAGGAAAGGCACCUCCUCCGCCUCCUGCUAUUAUAAAAGCAAAGCAUUCUGCUGCGUCAUCAGAUACUACAUCUAAUACAGAUAUAGAAGGAAUUUCAAAUAUUUCAGAGAGUAGUACUCCAUCUGAAAGCAUAAUGUUUAAGGAUGAAGAAUCCAAACACCCACCUUCGCCGGUAUCUUCAACAUCGACUGUUUCUGUGAAAUCUGUAUCACUAUCAUCGAAUAAAAGUAAUAGUCCAACAGGAGCAGGUUUAAGCUCCAGUACCUCGAUGGUAACAAUUAAUAGCGAUAUGUCUUCAACUUCUCCUCCGCCAAGUCAAUCUGAACAAUUAGUAAAUCCGCAAAAUGUGCUACCAAAUAGUUUAGAUUCUGGAAGAAGUCAAAUAACAGUUGUAACUAGUACGCAUCCACCUGUAAUUAUAGAUAGUUCGUUAAGUCCUCCCAAAAAUGAUGUUGUUAUUGUCUCCAAUAGUCUUAACAAAUCUAUGCAUAUAAAUGAGUCAUCGACAGAUGAAGAUUAUCCUUCAAUGGAUGAUAGUAUUGGUGUUUCUUCGCCUAUAUUAUCACAAAAGCAAUCAAUGAUUGUGACAUUAUCUACAGAAGGUACUCCAAUAGAAGAAAUACAUCGUAAAAUUGAAUCCCAAGGUAGAAAAUUGGAUGAGAGCGAAGUAUUAAUAGUAAGUCCAUCUUUUACCAACGCAAAUGAUUCGACUUAUAAUACCUCUUCGGAAGAACUUAUUGAAAGAAACAAUAGCCAACAAAUUAUGGAUACAAGUCACGUAUCUGUUGUCACUGUGGGGGACGAAAUACGAGUAAAAGACAGUAGUCAUUUACACGAUAGUCCACAUACUCACAAUAAUUCUUUUAUUGAAGAUGGGGAUACAAUGGAUAAAGGACAUAAUGGACAAGUUUUCAGCACUCAGUCGCAGCAAAACUUUAUUGACACAGACGAUAUUAAUGUGAUUGUCAAUCGUAGUAGAAAGCAAGAUCAACAUUUAUCUCAACCAGGCGAAGGAAGUGAAAGUGAUUCUAUCCGAUCAAGUACAGGUAGUGGAAAUCGAAUCGUUCGCCGUGGUACUGAGGUUAAAAUUGCUGUAUCUGCAGAUAAAAGUGACGCAGAAAGUAUUUCAACUACAGCUAGUCAUGAUAGUCGUAUUGAAAUUGAGGUCGAUAGAAAGGAGACUCAAGAAGAUGAUGUUAUUAUUCGCCGCAAAAAACCAGUCGCUGUUUACAAGAGUGGUUAUAGUGGAGGUACGGGUCCUACUAAGGAGGAAAUAGAAUUAAGAAAUAUAAGAAAGAAAACUAGAAAACGUACGCGUAAAUUUGAAAUUGAUGGUGUUCAAGUAACAACAACAACUAGUAGAGUUAUCUAUGGAGAUGAAGAUUCUGGUGGUUUUUAUGAUGACCACGUAUUCCGCAAACAAGAACUAAGGGAGCUAAAGAUGCUUCAGAAACAGGAAAAGAAACAACAAACAGAUUUGCAACUAAAAGAGCAAAUGAGCAAAGAACAACAGGACCGUAGAUUUGAUCAGGAAAGAACUUCUUUAGAAAAAACUUAUGAAGCUGACAUGGAUGCUCUUGCACGACAACACAAACAAUUAGUUGAAAAAACAGAACAAGCUCAAGAACAUGAAUUACGCUCAUCUUCGAAGCGUAUUCGGGCGGAGCAAGAAAAGGAACUUAAAAUAUUUCGUGAAAACCUUAAGCAGGAAAUUCAUUUGCUUAAACAAGAGGUGGAUCUACUACCAAAAGAUAAGCGUAAAGAUGAAUUUAAGCAACGGCGAUCAGCGAUGGAGUUAGACCACGAGGAAAAAGAGAGAGCAUUUUUGGAUUCUCUAAAAGAAAGACAUGAGUUACUUUUGCGACGAAUAAGUGAAAAACAUCGUGAUCAUCUUGCCACAAUUCAUAGAAACUUUUUGCAACAAAAGCAAAAUGCAAUGCGAACACGGGAAGCACUUUUAUGGGAGCUUGAAGAAAAACAGCUUCAUGAACGUCAUCAGCUAUCAAAACGUCAUGUUAAGGAAAUGUGUUUUAUGCAACGACAUCAAAUGAUUGUUCGCCACGAAAAAGAGCUUGAUCAAGUUAAGCGGAUGCUACAGCGAAAAGAAGAAGAUCUUAUUAAAAAGCAAGCUCUUGAAAAAAGAGCUUUACCGAAAAGAAUUCGAGCAGAACGAAAAGCAAGAGAGUUAAUGUUUAGAGAGUCGCUGCGAAUAUCUUCAAAUCUUGAUCCCGAAGUUGAACGUGAACGACUAAAAAAGUUCCAAGAACAAGAUAAGAAACGGUACACUCAAGAAGAACGUCGUUUUGAAAUUAAACAUCAGAAACAGCUUGAAGAGUUGAGAGCGACUAGGGAAAGCACAAUAAGAGAACUUGAACAACUACAAAACGAAAAAAGGAAAGCUUUAGUAGAACAUGAACAUGCUAAAUUAACCCAAAUUGAUGACCGCUUAAAAACUGAACUUCGGGAGUGGAAGGACCAACUAGUACCGCGUAAACAGAAUUUUAUAAAAAUGGUUAAUGUUAUGUACGACAAGUUUGAAAAGCUAUACAGCAUUACGUCAGAUCGAAAUUUGAGGAAAAUUGAGGAUGAUAUAGAUAAUUUAAUAAAAUUACCGCCUCAUUUGGUUGGUAUUUUUAAUGAAACGCCUCGUUUAGUACCCAGGGGCACUUUUUUGGGCAACAUUAAUCAAAUGGCUCGAUCGAGAACUCUAUCACUGUUUUCUUCUAAUAUAAGUUCUAAUUUCCGUGGUUCAGUGCCAGAUCUAAGCCGAAGUGUACCGACAACUCCUAUGUUUACCUUUAAACAUGACCGAGUUAAGUUGGUUGACAGUUUAAAGAACAGUUCUUCAUCAAUACCUCGAUACCCAGACAGCAGUAAUGAAGGCGUUUUGGAAAAAACUUCCACUGUAUUCACUAAGCCAUUAUUGGCAAACGAUAUUGAUCAAAUAGUUUACUUGGGGGAAGAAAAUGAUAAAAUAGUUGAAAUAAAAACUACGUCAUCUAUUCCGGCUGUUAAGAACAUGAACAAGAGACAUUCACCAAUAUCACUAACAACAUUUAGAUCACGUUCUCCAACUUCCGCUAUAAAUUCCGAAAGUCGUGAUGACAUUGUGUUUGACCGAUUUUCAAAAGCAGAUGAAGAAUUAGUGCAACUACGAAAUCAGCCCAAUUCGUUAUUGCAUUCCUCAUCGUCGUUUAUUAUUAAGCGGCCAUCCUAUUUACCAGAACGAAACACAACAAUGAUUAAUUCACAUUCUGUUCAAAACCUACAAAAAAUUUCUUUGUUGGAAAAUCGCGUAAAACCCCUGGACUCGUUCAGUUCUUCUGAAAUGAAAUAUACAAGCUUAGCUGGACAAAAGGCUGCAGAGCUCCUAGCCGAAGUUCAGCCGACACUGCGAGCAUCAACAAAAUGCGAUAGAAAUUCCAUCGAUACCGAAGAAGAUUCAUAUGAUGGAUUAAUGUUGCAAAAGGCUCCAAAAUAUGCAAUACCAAGAGUAAUUACCAGCAAUCCAUCUGAAAAAAGGGAACAUAUUAGAAUGGAUUCAUCAGCUGCGUAGUCAACAAAUAUACUAAUAAUCUUCAAAUUUUUGUAAUAAUCAUUAAGCGCUUGGAAGAGUCCUUCAUUAAGCAAAUGGAAGAAAUGGAGUCAUUGUAUGGUGGGACACUUGUUGUAACAAUGCCAUCUGAUGUUUUGCACCGAGAUCAUUUUAC